CUAAAACGCUGCGUUUCGAUCUUUGAAAAUGGAAAAAGUGUAUGUGUGUGUAUGUAUGUAUAGGUAGUGGUCGACAACCUCAUUUCACUCCGACAAGCACUGGUGUCAGUGUCACCGUCGAGGCGCAUUCUCAGGCAAUUUCCAACUUCUGAAUAACACACACAAGUCUCGUUGCUUCGAUUAUGUGCGGAUGUAUGCUCAGUAAAUUUUACCCAAUUUCGAAAUGUUGAUGGAGAAGUUCCCAAAACCCUAGAUUGUUCACCUUGCGGAGUACGCACAAACGAACUAGUACAGAAUUUGUUGAAGAACUGUUGGAUACAAGAUGAAGAAAAAAUUGACACCGGAAGAAGGCUUAAGUAUAUUGAAUGAAGGAAUUUCAAAGGCCUUUAUGAUACUGGAUGGGUACCCCACCAGUGCAUUAUUUACUUGUGAAGAAUACAUGAAACUCUACGACUGUGUGUAUGAUAUGUGUGUUCAACAUCCUCCUUAUGAAUACUGUGCAAAGCUCUAUGACAUAUUCAAGAAAGCUUUGGAAGAUGGCAUUACUUCAAGGGUGAUCCCAGCUGUGAAAGAUAAAUCACAUAUCUUUCUGUUAUACGAGCUUUGGAACAUGUGGUCAAAAUACAAAAUCAUGGCAAAAUGUCUUGGAGGUUUCUUCUUGUACCUUGAUCGAUACUUUGUUGAAGAUCGAAAAGCAGCUUCUCUUAGUAAUCUCUCCAUUUCUUGCUUCCAUGAUCUGGUGUGCAUUGAAUUGUAUCCCAAGUUAUUAGAAGCUGCAAUUUGUCUAAUCAAUGAGGAUCGUGAUGGUAAAUCGGUUUGCAGGGAUUUGCUAAAACAUGUUUCAACUUUUUUUGUGGAAAUUGGGAGGGGGGAUAUGUGCUAUUAUGAGAACUUUGAGGGAGCAGUACUAUCAAGUACUGAAAAUUACUACAACUUCUUGGUUCCACAGUGGCUUCAGCAUUACUCAUCUGCUGAUUAUGUUUUGAAGGCUGAAUAUCGUUUGAGCCAGGAAAAAGAAAGAGCUAGCCAAUUCUUACAUCAAACCUCAGUGGAAAAGUUGCUAAGGUUGGUCCACGGGCUGUUAUUAGGUCAAACUGCAAACCAACUUCAUGAGAAACAGAAGGCUGAGUCUGGUGAUGCCUCAGUCUCAUAUCAGGAUGUGCUAUCGCGCUGUGCGGGUUUGAAUCUUGGUGAAGGGAGUUCUCCUGCAUGAUGUUGUUGGAUGUGAGUUUGUAGUUGAUCAUGAACCUUAGUGAUUGCAUCAAAUGAAAUACAGAUAGAUAGAUAUGUGCACAUGUUUUGACUCUUUUAACGACUUGUAUCAAGUGUCUUACCAUGUGGUUAUCAGAUGACUUGAAUUAAUAGGACUCAUUUUGUGGUGGCCUACUUUUUAUGAAAAACAACGAAAUUGAAAUUGACGAA